GGGGGGGAAGUGCGAAUGGUGUGACCAAAUCUUGGACCAGCAAAAGACAAGACUGCGUCAUAAUUGGAUGACAUCCAAGGCAGAGAGCAAAGCAAAAUUCUCAUAUCCAUAUAAGAAAUUAGCACUUAUGGGACAAACCUACUCUCCCCCCACCAUGCCCCUAUACAUACGCACAAGCCAGACUUCACAACUCAUUCAGAUAGCAAGAGAGCUUAAUUAACCAAAGCGCAUAUCUAUCGUUCUAUCUGACCAGAGUUAAAGUUGAUAUAUAAUGGCAUCAAAUUGCUACUCGGAUUGACCUUCUUGUCUCCGCGUAGUCACAGUGUCGGUGUUCGUGCUGACUCUGUUAGCAACAAAACCAAAUGUGGCGAUGACACAGUGCCAGGGGGACCCCCAGGCGCUGGCGGAGCAAUGCGGUCCCUAUGUGCAGAGGGAUGGGCCGAAGACGGACCCAUCCCAGGGCUGUUGUGAUGCCAUUAAGGCCGCUGACAUCGCCUGCAUUUGCCAGAACAUCCCUGGGGACGUUGAGCAGAUGUUGGACAUGGAGAAUCUCGUUUAUGUGGCCGGUUUCUGUGGCAAGCCGCUUGAUCACGGCUCCCAUUGUGGAAGUUACACAGUUCCAUGAAGUUAUGAAGUAAGCGAUGAAGAAGACAGAAGCUUGAUCCAUGCUAGAAUAAAAGGAGUCCAUAUAGGAAUAUGAAAAAGAAAAUUCAUUUUCUUAAUUAACCGGUUUCAUCUGCAUGCAAGUUUCAUCAAUGUACUCAGAUCUCAAUACAAGGCCAAAAUUAUGAAAUUUAUAUG